GAGCAGGUGCCGGGCUGGUGGCGGAGUGUUCCCUGGCUAGCGGAGCUCGCGCGUCCUGCGCCCGGCCAUGGCCCCGCCGCCCCGCGCCUACAGCCCGGCCGAGGUGCGGCAGCGCUGCGCCCAGGGCGCCUGCCUGGUGCUGCGGGGCCGCCGCCUCUACGACCUGAGCGGCUUCGUGCGGCUGCACCCGGGCAGCGAGCAGCUGCUCCGGGAGCGGGCGGGCAGCGACGUGAGCGCCGCGCUGGAGGGGCCGCCGCACCGGCACUCGCGCAACGCGCGCCUCUGGCUGGAGCAGUACUACCUGGGCGAGAUGGGCCCGGCCCCCGCGCCGGAGCCGCAGAGCCUUCUUAAGACCGAGAAACCAGUAAAUUCCACAGCUCAGACAACAAACCAUAGGAUGGAUCCCAGAUGUAAAACAGUAGAUCCAGAUAAGGAUCUCGUGGACUGGCACAAACCAUUGCUCUGGCAGGUGGGCCAUUUGGGGGAGAAAUAUGACGAGUGGGUGCAUCAGCCUGUGGACCGGCCAAUUCGCUUGUUCCACUCAGAUUUCAUAGAGUCCCUCUCUAAGACAGCAUGGUACAUCGUUAUCAUGGUGUGGAUCCCUGUGGUGCUGUAUCUCAGCUGGUUCUGUUACGCGGCUCUUGCGCAGGGAACUACCAGACUCUUCUCGUCAUUCACAACAGAGUACUCCAUCCCUGUGCACAAGUACUUCUUCCCAUUCAUCUUCGUGCUGGGAAUGUUCCUGUGGUCCUUAGUAGAGUAUCUCAUCCAUCGCUUUCUCUUCCACAUGAAGCCACCUGCUAGUAACUAUUAUCUCAUCACACUGCAUUUCUUGUUGCAUGGCCAGCAUCACAAGUCUCCAUUUGACAGCUCCCGUCUGGUCUUCCCUCCCGUGCCUGCAUCGCUGGUGAUUGGGUUUUUCUACACCCUCUUGCGCUUGCUCCUGCCUGAAGCACUUGGCAUGUCCAUAUUUGUCGGCGGACUGUUUGGUUAUGUUGUCUAUGACAUGACUCAUUACUACCUGCACUACGGCUCGCCAAAGAAAGGCACCUACCUAUAUGGGCUGAAGGCUUAUCACGUGAAGCACCACUUCGAACACCAAAAAUCAGGCUUUGGCAUCACCAGCCGAUUUUGGGACCGUCCAUUUAAAACACUAAUCCCAGAAGAAACCUUUGAGAAAGAGGAUUAACAUCUGUGGCUCCCCUGCUUGGCAUCUGGCUCCUGUGUCCCUGGUGUGUCACGCUGCCACCUCCCUUUCCACCAGCACAGGACAUUGUGGGAGGGCGUCCACCUUUGCAGAACUGAAUGACUGGGGGUAAAAGCCCCUUGACCACGGAGGGAGAACUCUGCUCUGUGUUGCUGGCUUCUGUCACUCUGACCUCACGGCCUCUGCCCAGCUCCUGGGAGGCUGCGGCGCCUGUGAGUUAAAGGCAGGUAUUUCUCCCGAGAGGGAUCUACACAGUGUUCUCUAAUGAUGCCUCAAAGGUCGUCAUGCCACUCAGCGUGGAGCAGUAACUUUGUGUGUUUGCAGCGAGUCCGCCAGGAGAAGAGGUGGCUGCUAUGUAAGUGCUCUGGGUUUCUUUGCUCUGAGCUCAUCAGCAAGGAGGGAGGAAGGAGUGGGGACAAGAACUAACUGCCAAGCCAUGAGCUGCAUCUAAACCAUCCUUGCAACCUGCGUUGUAAGCACCAGAGCAGGCUGCAGCCAGCUCCGGGGGGGAGCUGCGGCUCAGGGAGACUUCAGAUCCCAUGAUGCACUAAAUUCUGCAUCCGACUGUCCUGGCCCAGUGCUGAACUGGCCGCUCUGGUCAAGGGGAAGCAUUGCAUGCUGGGACCUGUAUUCUCUAUGGGUGGCAUCUUCCCAUUCAAGAGGGGAAAGGGGAGUCUGGGCCUUAGGGGAAGACUCGGCAGGCAGCCACAUGCAGCCCCGCUGUUGGCGCUGGAGUGAAGGGAUGGAUGCUUCAGUUCUCCAAAUGCCAGGGGCUGGCCCCACUCCCAAGGGCUUGUUAAUUCCAAGUAAAGCAUGGCAGUACACAGAGGAGGAGGGGCUGCCGCUCUGUUGGACACUGGCUUCACAUCCUGCUCGGCAGUCGGGGCCCAGUGGGAGGUGAGGACCCUGUGCUGCCAUUUGUCCCCCAGUGCGUUAGCCGUGCAGUCAGAAUCCCGCCCACCCAGCGCGCACACGCAUUAGGUACAAAGCUUUUGGCUUUGGUGCCACAUGGCAAAAUCGUGCCUGCGACACCAUCCCCCCUUGGAACCAGCCUGUCCAUCAUGGCCCCUGCUCUGUGUGCCGGAGAAGGUGCAUGGGCUGCAGCACCAAAACCCUGCAAAUUGCAACCCCUUCCUGAGGGGUUGCCUGCCCUCCAGAGGGCAGAGUAUCCCGGCUCACUGCACUGCCAGUCUGACGCAUCUCCUGCUUUGGCGUCUGAGUGGAGAGGAGCCUGUGGCUGAAGGGAGCUCUCUGGGCUCAGUGGGCAGAGGGAGAGGAAUUAGAGCAAUGAUGCUCCGGCUUCUGCCCCUGCUCAGGCCCCUUCCCUCUGUCUAGUGGGUUUGUUAGGGGUGGGGGUAGGAUAUCUGUUCUCCCUGCCCCAACUUCAAUCCUUGCAACAGCCAAAGUGAAGGACACUGCCUGUCCAGGCCAGUCCCACUGGAAGCUAGGAGUCCCUGAGCCCCGGGGAGGAGGAGGGUGCUGCAGUGAAUGGCCGCCCUAGGGCCUGCUGGGAGCAGAACUCCCUCCUUUCCCAUCUGAUCUUCCCAGUUGUGGGGCCAUGGACUUUCCUCUGGGGCUCCAGAAUGGCUAGGUGGGGUGUUUUGAAUAUGGAUGCCGGUGACUCCAGGAGCCACUGAGGGCCCCUCUGAGCCAGGCUGAGCUCUUGGGCCACGGCACGGCCUGCAGAGCCGGAACUGCCCUUCCAGCUCUGUCGGGGAUGGGCAACACCCACUGUCUCCUGCCUCCGUUGGCCCUGCCCAUUCUGCCCAGCGUCUGGCACUGGGUGCAGACACGGGUGGGGCACUGGGACUCCCUGAUG